AACCACGCUCCCAACUUAAGUAAACUGCAACAGAUUUUUGUUUACUUUAUCACUCACACCAAAACCGAGGGGAACAGCUUCGCCCGAAAGGGAAAUUAAAGGCAGAUUUUAUCCGGGCGUUCAACACGCAUUUGGCAAAUGUCACUUCCUUAUCUUCACACACGGCGUAGAGAGAAAUGUCACUUUUCCUCGCAUUCCGAUAAGAUGCAAGUAAGCAAAACGAUUGAAAAGGAGAAAGAAAAGCUUCGGUGCAUAGCGCACCACACACUCCACACACAGAGACAGCAGGAGCAGCAACAGGAACACCACGCGCGCACCCUGACCGCGUACCUAAUUGAAUUAGAAGGUGCAUCCGAGCAAUACAAAACAAACAUACACACACGGCUUACUUUGUUUGGAGAGUGGGACGCGGGUACAGGCACGCGCGAAGAGAGUCCGAGGUGAAAUGCAACAUUGAUCGCAGUAGGUUAGUACCGUGUGAUUGUUAUUCCGGGGGGAAAAUCAAAGCAACGAGGAGCGUCCGGGAAGCAGGGAAAGAUGGAUUCCGCCACCGCCAAUCAAUCGGUUCCGAGUGUCACGCUAGAAUCAUCCGUACCGGUUACGGAAGGAUCGAUCAAUAUCGCGAAACGAUAUCCGGACCGUUCGGAUAAUUUGUACUUCCUGUUCAUACCGUUGGCUGUGCUGGUUACGGUUAUGUUACUGUCCGUCGUGGUUUACUUGAUGGCAAGGCGUCGCCAUAAGAUUCGGUCCAAGUACAGCUACGUGCCCAGCUUCAGUUUCGAUUCGUCCGAUCUGGACGACGAGCGAGAGGACCGCGAAACGGAUCAUCUGCUUAAAGGCAGCAAACUUCGGCUGGACGAAUCACAGUUUGAGGACGGAUCGGGUGGGAAUUCGCCGUUCACGAGCCCCACCAGGUACGGGGGUGGCAGUCGCGAGUUGUUUGCUUAAUACAAUUAAGCAAUGUGUCCCACUUUGUGUGCGCCAUUCAGAGUUAGCUCGAUAGUGAUUAGAGAAUAGGUACUAGUGAAGCAAAGGGUUUUGUGGUGAUACUCCCCCUCAAGCAAUGCAUCACCUGCCGCCACGCCAAAGAAAAUACGAUGGCCCAGUGGUCCAUCGGAACCGCGAUGAUAAGCAAAACGUCCGCUUAUUUUUUUGUUAGCUACAUACGGAUUACAGAUACGGGCAGCUCCCGGUAGGAAUUUGUGAUAUCGCCGAACAGGAAAAACUGGAAACAUUUAGGGGUACGUUCUACGGAUUUGGUUGUGUACCAUUACGAUACAUUUGUUCAUCUACACCAUGUUCGAUUACAUCCAACAUUUCAUUACUGAAUUAA